UAUUUCAUCGCCAGAAUGGUUCCCGCCACUAAAUACGUUGAUCGAGAGAUUCCACAGAUUUCACUCCUCAACUUCGAGCAACGCAUCGACCAAAUUUCCGACCAAAUUUGCAAUGCCGCUGAGACGGUCGGCUUCUUCGCCGUAAAAGAUCACGGCCUAUCAGAAGCUGAAGUCCAAUCCAUGUUCUCAGUCUCUGAAUCCUUCUUCAAGCUCCCCGACACCAAGAAAGCGUCAGUACCGUGGUCGCCUCAAAACGUAGGCUGGGAGAAAAUGUCGCAGAUUCGCCCAUCCACAGGCGAGGCCGACACAAAAGAGUCAUACCAGCUUCAAUUCGGUGAAAACAUGAAGGACCUCUGGAUCAACGAUGAAGAUCUGCCUGGUUUCAAAACAAAGAGUUUAGAGUUUAUGCACCGGGUUCAAGGCAUUUCCGAAAAACUCAUGCUCUGUCUGGCGCGCGGACUAGGCUUCGCCGACGACUACUUCGUCAAGUAUCACGACACCAGUCGUCCAGACUCACAAUCUACACUGCGCCUGCUGCAUUAUUACGAGACACCAAAAACAAACGAUGGCAUUGUUCGUCAUCGCGCAGGUGCGCACGUCGAUUGGGGGUUCCUCACUCUUCUUUUCCAGCGCACGGGGCAGUCGGGGCUCGAGAUAUGUCCGGGUAGAGAAGCAGUCACAGAACACGCACUCGGAGAUGCAUGGACGAAGGUGGAAUUCGAGCCUGGUGUUAUAGUGUGCAAUAUCGGCGAUUUGCUGAUGAGUUGGAGCGACGAUCGCUUCAAGAGCACAUACCACCGCGUUAAAGCGCCGUGUGAGGAAGGGGAUUACUUUGGGGAAAGGUAUAGCAUAGCGUUCUUCAACCAGCCAGUGAAAGACGCAAUCAUUCAAGGGCCUAAGGGAAAGUAUCCUACAGUCACUGGUGAAGAAUUUACACGGGCAGCUAUGACCAGAAACUUUGGCAUACUGAAGGAAAAACUGGCAGCGAAAAAGAAAGAACAGUCGAAUGCGAAAUUGGUGGAUGCUCCAGUUCAUGUCGAGGUUGGGGCAUGA